AGACACGCCAGCAGCCUUCAGAGGGGAGAGACACGCGUGUCCGCGCGGAAGAGAAACACUUUUUCUUUCUGCUCACGGAGGAAAAGUUCACCGCAAGCAGAGAGAAACAUCAAGACCUGCACAAGUUUCCCGCCGAAGAGGAGCUGUGAAGAUCGGCUGUUCUGGUCGCGUGAACGGCCGAGUGCGGGGAAGAAACCCGCGGGAUGUGGACGGAGCAGUGAAGACCACGUCUCGACAGCAGCCCCGGGGGCAAUCUGCUGCAGCUCUGCGCCUCCGAGCCGGGGCAAAACAGGAAAACAGUUGGAGGCUGAGGGAGAAUGGAGUAGUCCCACCGUACUGACCGGGUUUAACCAAAACGAUCAUCUGGACUUGGAGGAGUGACAAAACAUUUCAUGAUAGGAGGCCGUACAGCAGGGCUGGGAGUCACUGGUCUCUUGUGCAGCCGCCAUCAUUCGGUGCUGCAAGGCCGACCCCAGCAUGUCUUCAAACGGAGACCUGGGUUCGCUCGGGAGCUCGGACAGCUUCUGGGAGCCCGGAAACUACAAAAGGACGGUGAAGCGAAUCGAUGACGGUCACCGGCUCUGCAGCGAGCUCAUCAGCUGCUUUCAGGAGCGGGCAAAGAUCGAGAAGAGCUACUCGCUCCAGCUGAGUGACUGGGCCAAGAGGUGGAGGGGCAUCGUGGAGAAAGGGCCCCAGUACGGCACUCUGGAGAAGGCGUGGCACGCCUUCAUGCAGGCGGCAGACAGCCUCAGCGAGCUGCACAUGGAGCUGCGCCAGCGGCUGGCGGUUGAAGACAGCGAGAAGGUGCGCAGCUGGCAGAAAGACGCCUUCCACAAGCAGCUGAUGGGCGGCCUGCGAGAAACCAAGGAGGCAGACGACGGCUUCCGUAAAGCUCAGAAGCCCUGGGUGCGCAAGCUGAAGGAGGUGGAGUCCAGUAAGAAGAGCUACCAUCAGGCCAAGAAGGAGGAGUGGACCGCCGCCAACAGGGAAACGCACGCCAAGGCCGACCCGUCCAAGUCCCAGGAGGAAGUUCGCAAAUUCACCAACCGCACCGAGCGCUGCAGCCAGGAGGCAGAAAAGGCGAAGGAGCGCUACCUGAAGUGUCUGGAGGAGCUGAACCGCUGCAACCCUCGUUACAUGGAGGACAUGGAGCAGGUGUUUGACCUCACCCAGGAGGCCGAGCGGAAGAGGCUACGAUUCUUCAAAGAAGCUCUACUGGACAUCCACACACACCUUGACCUGUCCGCCAAGGAGAGCUUCAAAGGCCUGUACCGGGACCUGGGUCAGACCAUCCGAGCAGCCAACGACAGCGAAGACCUGCGCUGGUGGAGGAACACCCACGGACCCGGCAUGAGCAUGGGCUGGCCACAGUUUGAGGAAUGGACUCCUGAAGCCAGCCGCUCCAUCAGCAGGAAGGAGCGAGGAAGACUCUCGGAGGACAACGUUGUCACUCUCACUAACAUCGUCUCCUCAGGUGGAGUUGAGGCUCCGCCCAGCCCCAUCACCGUGGAUACUGGAAGGGUGAAGGAUUAUUCGUCCGACUGGUCGGAUGACGAGAGUCCGAAGAAGGCGGGGGCUGUGAACGGCGUGGGCGAGUUUGACCCGGAUGAGGGGCGGACGGAGGGGGUGCCGGUCCGAGCCCUCUAUGAUUACACGGGUCAGGAGGCCGACGAGCUCAGCUUCAAAGCAGGUGAGCAGCUGCUGAAGCUGGGGGAGGAAGAUGAGCAGGGCUGGUGUAAAGGACAGCUGAGCAGUGGGCAGGUGGGCCUCUACCCAGCCAACUACGUUCAAGCCGCCUCCUCCUGAUGACGGGCCGCCCUCCUGCCACGAUCGACCCGACCCGGUUCAGACCAGAACACUGUGAGUCCGCAUGGACCGGGGUCUGCAGACCACAAACCGGGGAAGGUUGGGGUCAGACCGCGGUUAGGCGGGAGGCCGCAGAGGGAAACGUCCGGCCUUCGUCCCUCAGGAGGAGCCGGCUCCACGCCGACCUGUUGUUCCACGUCUCAAAAAUGUCCCCUGAGGCCCGAGGCGGCUCGCCUCUUCUGCGUUCAGAGACGGACACUCAAGCCAAGCCGCGCAGCUUCCUGAGGUUUAUGUCCAUCUAAACGUUUGUGGAACUCCGUUGGACUUUGACCUUUGGUUCUGGGUUUCAUGAAUUUAAAAUUUCAACUUUUUGUGGUUUAGUUUAGAUUUGCAAUGGACUCUUCCAGCUGGUGCCGCCUUUUUGUUGGAAACGUUGAUGGUUUUUACCGUUUUCUUCUUUCCUUUGCAGUCAGUUAAACCGAAGGUGUUGGGGGGGGUCAUUUUUUCUCUCAUUUCAUCGGUUGUCAUCCCGCUUCAGGGACUUUCCUUCUCUGCCGCUCUGCUGAUGUGAACGUCUAGACUAACCUGUAACCUCUGAAUGUGAGGAAGAGGAGGAUGGACGCUCUGUCACGCUGAAAUAAAGAGCUUUCUGCACCUGGAA